UGGGGACGGACAAUACUGCUGACGUGUUUGUGCGCCGCUGGAUUGUGUCCCCGGAUCCUGUUAGUGAAGAUGCGCGGCUCCGUGUUCUCGGUCCUCAGCCGCUUCUCCCACGAGUAUGCGGCGGGGACGCCCCUGCGGCUCAAGCUCGUCGACUCGUACCUGCUGUACAUGGCGCUGAGCGGCGCGGCACAGUUCCUCUACUGCGCGCUGGUCGGCACAUUCCCCUUCAACUCGUUCCUGUCCGGGUUCAUCGCCUGUGUCGGCGCCUUCGUGUUGGCGGUUUGCUUGCGGAUACAGAUCAACCCUCAGAACAAAGGUGAAUUCAUUGGUAUCUCACCAGAGCGGGCAUUUGCUGAUUUCCUUUUUGCCAGCACCAUCCUUCAUCUAGUGGUGAUCAACUUCAUAGGCUAAAUUUGUGCAGCAGAAUGGAUGCAACCCCAGCAGAUUGGAGCCUGCGUUGCAGCUGCAUUGGAUCUGUUUGAAUUUUGUUUACAAUUUUUCAUUCCAUACUGUAUAAAACAAAAUAAAAAUCUUGUACAAAAUGGUUAA